GUGGUCAAUUUAAUAAAUGAAUUAAAGGACAAUACAAAAACAAUUUCCAUUGUAAUAGUAAAUAAUGCAGUAAAUAUACGAAAAAUGGGUAAGUAACGGUGCGCAAAAAAUCAUUCAAUAGUAUUUGAUUUACCUAUGAUUCUUUAAAUCAUUUAACAGAGGAAACGAAAAAUGAAACACUGGAUCUCUCUAGGCGUGGGCUAAAGAAAAUAGAGAAAGCGCCUCCAGAAGAAUCAAAAACUGUUUUUAAUUUGAUCCUCGAUCAAAAUGAACUGCAGCGUCUGGACAACAUUGACAGUUACAACCGUGUUGAAAACUUGUCAAUAUGCAACAAUUUUUUGCUAAGGAUGCAUGGUGUAUCUCGUCUAGUCAACAUCAGGGUUCUGGCAUUAAAUAACAAUGGAAUAUUACAAAUUGAGGGUCUAAAGGAUCUUAUUUAUUUGAAAGUGUUGAAAUUAGCCGGUAAUAACAUCAAGUCAAUUGAGCAUUUGAACAAUAAUAUGCAUUUGGAGCACCUUGACCUGUCAAACAAUCAAAUAUCUUUUAUAACAGACAUUUCGUACUUGAAGGGCUUGAAGCAUUUAAACCUGGAACGGAACCGCAUUACAGACCUUCGACAGUGCGAUCGUUACCUACCCACAGGACUAGAGUAUUUAGGGCUCGCACACAACAACAUCAAAGACCUCAAUGAAAUCUGCCAUCUUGUUCAUUUAUCAAAGCUCGAAAGUUUUAGCAUACAGGGUAAUCCAUGUGUCUCCUUAUCUGGGAAGGAUAAACUGUAUCCUUUUAAUACAAUUUAUAAAUUUAAGAAAAUAAUGUUUACAAGGUAUUAAUUUGAGAGUCGUGGUAGCUAUACGUGAUUCCCAGCUGCACCAAUAAAAUUGUUGAUUACAUUUUAAGUGUUUACCAAGUGCUAGGUGGUGAAGGAAGUCACCGUGAGGAAAUGAAAUGUUUUAAGCAGGGUUGGAAAAAAUAAUGAUUUUUAUAAAAAAUCGUAAUUAAUCACGAUUUUUUUUUCAUUUUAUUAUUUAAUUUAACUAUAUUUUUUUCGCAAAACGGUACGUGCCCUCAAGGGAUUGCGCGAAGACAGCGUGGGGAUUUCCCUUUUGUCUGACAUGUGAAUUAUACAUGGUGCUAAUGGAUAAAUUUAUUUAUUUUUGUAAAGUUACUUGUUCAUUUUUUUAAGAGAUAAAAUGUACAGUUAAAAAUAUUACUUACUUUCGUAUUGAAUUUUUAUUUUUAAUCGGUUGAUGUUAAUUUUAUUGUUUAAAUUUUACGCGUGAAAUUUUAAUUCAAAAAACAUUUCUUCAUACUUUAACAGGAAUAGGACUCUCUAGCAUUAAAAAGUCUUAAAUAUAUUAAGAGCUAAGCGUAUUUAAAAGUUUAUUAAUUCAAUAUAAUUAACAAUAAAAUGUUGAUUAUUAUUAAAUGUUGAUGAUUAUUAGGUAACUAAAUAUAAAAGUUUUAUAUUUUCUGCUUUUCAAAUGAUUUUACUAUUUUUAUUCAUUCUUUUAUUAAGUAGACAUAAUUAUUAGUUAUAUCUUAUUAAUGUUCAGAAACAUUAUUUGUUCGAUAAAGUAUUUUUACAAUAAUUACAUAUUGCAAUCUUUUCGGUUCCGGCACAUUUUUCAAAAUGAUCCCACAGCUGUGUUACGUCUCGGCAUCAUAAACGGUGAAAAUUAAACUCGUAAUAAAAAUCUUAUAAUUGUACACUACACUAAAUAAUAAAAAACCAAAUAAAAAAUCUUAAUUAACUUCCCUAGUAUUUUUUCUCCAACUUUUUAUAUAAAUUCCUUGUAAUAUUUUGAUGGUAAACUAAACAAAAUAAUUUUAAACUGACGCGCUUCGUUUGAAUUAAUACCAACUACGAGUAAUAUUUCAGCCAAUAGCGUAACAACAAAGUACAUAAAGUUAACAUCACCCACUAAUGAACUCAACCAAUAAUUUAAUUUAAUUUAAUAGACAUAAAUAAUUUAAUUAAGAAAUUUUUGACUAGAGAUAGGUAUUACCUAUCUAAAUAUAUUUUAAGACAGAUAGCAAAUGUGCUAUCUUAUUGUUUAUAUAUUAACUCAGCCAAGGACUUGGCUACACAGACAUCUGCUCCUUUUGAGCAGUAUAAUGACUUAAGAUGUAAUUUGGAAUCAGUUCCAAGUAAUUUAAAUUAGAAAAUGAGACAAUAGAGGUAAUCUCUAGCAGUUGUAAUAAUUUAAAUAAUUUAGAAUGUAGCUUACAAAUCUUUAAUUGUAUGACUCCACAGAGUGAUAAUGAAAAUUGUUUACACCUGGUGCAUCAAAAUAUACAAGGCAUGAUAGGCAAAGAGCUAGAAAUUGAGUUGUUCUUAAAUAGCAACAAUAUUCAUAUUUUAUGUAUUACUGAACAUUGGUUAAAAGCUUAUAACUUAAUGUUUAACUUCAGUAAUCACCAGGUGGUCAGUUCUUUCAAUAGAGAAACGGUUUUAAGAGGUGGCUCCUUAAUAUUGGCUAGUAAAUUAUUGUCAUGUAAAGAACGUAAAGAUAUUGUGAGCCUCUCUGUUGAGCGAACUGUAGAAAUGGCAUGUGUUGAGUUUGAGUACCUCAUUGUUGUGAGCGUCUACAGACCCCCAUGUUCUAUAUAUGAUACUUUUGAAAAAAAUAUGGAGGAAGUUUUUGCUAAGCUUAUAAACAUAAUAAAUCUGUUGUAGUAUGUGGAGACUUUAAUAUCAAUCUCCUAGAAGCUUCCUCAAUCAAUAUUAAAUUUAGAUCAUUGUUUAAAUAAUAUGGUCUUUUUAAUUUAUUUUUAGAGCCAACGCGUAUUGCUCAAUCUAGUGAAACAUGUAUAGAUAACAUUUUUACAAAUGUGAAGCCGUUGCAUAAAUGUAUAAUUCAAAAAUUAAGUUCUGAUCACUGUGGACAAGUAAUUUCGUUACCUUAUGUUCACAAAAAGCAAGUAGAUGAGAAAGUUGUGUUUGUUCCAGUAAAUGCACGUCGCUUGGAGAAAUUUAGAAGUAACAUAGUGAAAAAACUUCCAUCACUUUCAUAUCAAAAUGAUCCAAAUUUUUUGUAUGGAACAUUAUUUAAGCUUAUUUGCAAUGAAUUUAAUAAUACUUUUACUUCUAAAACAUUCUCCUUGAACAGUCGGGAGUCAUUUAAUGAAUGGACCACAAUAGGAGUCCAUAAGAGCAGACAUAGGUUAUAUGAUCUUUACCAUGAAAGGUCAUAUAACCAUAGCGUCGAAUUUAGGGAAUAUGU